AUGCAGUUGACCUACGACGCUGGAGAGACACGUUGGAUGGAGGGCAAAGCGGGAACGGCUUCCCCAGAUCAACGAGGGCAGGUCCCAGAUUGGUGUGAUCAAAAUAUCUUCCAGAAGAACCGUCUUCCUCCACGGUCCUACUACAUCCCGAGCGAUGCCAUUUCUUUGAAUGGACAAUGGAUGUUCAACUACUCCCUAACACCUCAGGAGGCCCCCGACAGUGAGACUCAUAGCAGACAAUCAGUGUUUGGAAGCAGCAGAAGAGACGUGCAUAUAUGGGCGCCAAUCACUGUGCCUGGUCACUGGCAAUUGCAAGGCUACGGCAGGCCCCAAUAUACCAACAUUGUCUAUCCUUUCCCUGCGUGCCCGCCACACGCCCCAACGGAAAAUCCUAUAGGGACCUACUGCCGGGAUUUUAGUCUCCCAGCCGCAUGGAAUGAUUUGAGGAAGAUCAGGCUGAGAUUUGACGGCGUCGACAGUGCGUUUUACGUAUGGAUCAACGGCGAACAGGUGGGUUAUUCUCAAGGAAGUAGAAAUCCAGCCGAAUUUGAUGUUACCGACCAUGUGGUCCAUGACAGACCGAAUCGUUUACUGGUGCAAGUCCUUCAAUGGUGUUCCGGGAGUUACAUCGAGGACCAAGAUCAAUGGUGGUUAUCUGGUAUCUUUCGUGACGUUCAUCUUAUAUCGCUUCCAGACCAUGCCCACAUCAACGACUUCUUCAUCAAAACAAUCCUUGACAAGGAAUACAAAGAUGCGGAACUGAUUGUGGAAUUGGACUUGAAGCUUGACCACAAUUGCCUGGUUGGUUUCAGCCUGAAGGACGACGAAGGCAUCAUGCUCCACAACGAGAAGACUCCUAGAAUCCAAUCUCGGACCUGUCAGUACUCACAUACCAUCAAAGUAUCAGAUCCCAAGAAAUGGACCGCAGAGACUCCAUGGCUCUACACCCUAGACAUCACUCUCUGGCCAACUGACCCGCAUUGCUCGCCAAUCCAGACGGUAGCACAGCGGGUGGGCUUCCGGUCAGUCGAACUCAAGAACGGCAACAUAUGCGUGAAUGGUAAAGCCGUGACCUUCAACGGCACCAAUCGUCACGACAAUCAUCCACACCGAGGCCGAGCAGUGGACAUAGAUUUCGUGCGGCAUGAUCUUCUGCUCAUGAAGCAACACAAUAUCAAUGCUGUGCGAUGUUCGCAUUACCCUUCUCACCCUGGCCUUGUGGGUCUAUGUGAUGAGCUUGGUCUGUGGGUCAUUGACGAAGCCGACUUGGAAUGCCACGGUUUUGCAACCACGGCAGCUGCAGCUAUCGACCUCGAUGGAUUGAGUUAUGAGGAGAAAGCCACAAGAACAGCCAAUGAUGCUGCAGACUUCACAUCCGACAAUAAGGCAUGGGAGUCCGCGUAUCUCGAUCGGAUGCAGCAACUGGUCGAGCGUGACAAGAACCACCCCAGUGUCAUCAUCUGGUCCCUGGGCAACGAAUCGUUCUUUGGUCGCAACCACGUCGCCAUGUCCAAAUGGGCCAAGCGUCGUGACCCGACACGUCUGAUUCACUACGAACCGGACGGGCAAGCGAGCUGUACAGACAUGAUAUCUCACAUGUACACAUCACCCCAGGAUCUGGUCAACGAGGCCGAGUCCGAAGGGGACACCUUCACGAAGCCAAUCAUCCUCUGCGAAUACGCGCACGCCAUGGGCAACGGACCGGGCCUGCUGGAGGAGUAUCAAGCGGCUUUCCACACACAUCGACGUCUUCAGGGUGGCUUCGUCUGGGAAUGGGCGAACCAUGGACUCUGGAAGGAAGACAGUGACGGGAAGAAAUACUAUGCUUACGGAGGAGAUUUCGGUGAUGUCCCGAACGAUGGGACUUUUGUAAUGGAUGGGCUGUGCCACAGCAACCACACGCCGACAAGAGGAUUAAUGGAAUUGAAGAAGGCUAUAGAGCCCAUCAAGGCAUGGGUCGACGGCCAGCAUCUGGUAGUCGCCAAUCGGUACGACUUUGUUGGAUUGGAACAUGUUGUGGCAGACUAUUGUGUCGAGGCCUUGGGUGAAGAAAGCGAAAUCCUCUGCUCAGGUGUACUACAGAUGCCUGUCAUUACGGCCGGCACCGAAGCAAGGAUCCUAUUGCCAGACAAUGCCCGCCGUUCGGAGAGCCCGUUCGAGUGCUGGCUGACUGUGACUUUCCGACUGACAAACGACACGCCAUGGGCGAAAGCCGGACAUGUGAUUGCAUGGAGCCAGCACCAGCUGAAAGACUCCACGACGAGCAGCAUCCUGCAUGGAUCCGGUGCUGAUCGGUCAUCUUUUCCCUCACUCAGACUCGACGUUUCAUCAACACGACUCGAGUACACAGUUUCAACCCCGGCAGUAACCAUCACGUUCGAUCGCGUACGCGGGCAGAUUUCUUCCUGGACAUCCAAAGGAACACCCGUUCUCUUCAAUACUGAUUCGACACCUCUGCUCGCUCUCAAUUUCUGGCGUGCUCCCACCGACAACGACAUUGCAUGGCAGACGGGCGAGUGGAAGCGAUACGGUCUGCACAUGAUGACCAGCCGACUGAAAUCCUUCUACUUGGAGAAGCAGGACCGGGUCAGUAUCGAGUUUGGAUCAUGGCUAGUGAACGGCUCGGUACGAUUGAAGGCCCGCCACGCGCUGGCACCGCCCAGCCUUGCAUGGCAUUGUGACGUCGAGACGACAUACGUACUCACAGCUCUGCCGUCGUCCUGUAUCACACUGGAAAUCCAUACGCACCUUAUUCCCCACGGUGCUCAUCCACCCAAUCUGCCGCGUGUCGGUCACAACGUGCAGCUUUCGCCCGAGUAUCGGCACGUGAAAUGGCUGGGAGCCGGGCCCGAGGAGAGCUACAACGACAAAUGCCGAUCACAGCAGCUGGGGAUUUGGGACCGCAGUGUCGACGACAUGGCGACACACUACGAAGUACCACAGGAGAACGGCAAUCGAUGCGGCGCAAGAUGGUGUCGUGUCUCAGUGCCGUCGCCUACUGGUGCAUCCACUGGUCCACCUAUUCUUCUCCCAUCUCUCCGUGCAACAUACAGGCCUGGCCAACACUUCUCUGCCGCCACCACUUCGACCUUGGGCAAGAACCACUUCCAAUUCUCCACACAGCUCCACGACGCUUCGACGCUCGAAGAGGCAAAACAUCCCUGUGACCUGCUCGAGCUCGGAAGAAAGCGAGACGGUGUCCUCUGGCGUCUCGAUGCGGAUGUUGCGGGUGUGGGGACCGGCGCGUGUGGGCCGUCGACGCUGUCCAAGGACCAGGUCGAGUGUAACGAGAGAAGGUGGACGAUUUGUAUAAGUAUGGAAACCGCAUCAACAGCCGUGGAAGAAAGUUGA